UUUAAAGCACAACCUCAGCGUUUGCCUCAGACAAAUGCUUUGCCGCUUGACAAGUAUAAGGAAGGAACCAGCAAAAAACAAAAUAGUCCCAGAGGUCUGAAUAGUGAAAGCGGAUUUUGCAGUGGAGUCAAAGUUGAUGCGCUAGAUAACCAAACAUUUUCUGCACCUGUUUCCCAAAAGAUACACAGAAAAAUUCAGUCCAGCCUGUUGGUCAACAUUGAAAGCAAUAGGAAAAGCUCUGCUUAUUGUCAUAAACCAAGUCCUUUAUCUGAAGAUUGCUGUGUGCAUUGCAUUUUGGCCUGCUUGUUCUGUGAAUUCAUCACCCUCUGUGGCCUCAUUUUGGAACAAACCUCAUGCGGAAUCUGCUCUGGGGUGGCCUGCUGCUGUGGGGAAGAAAUGGAAGAUGACUGCAACUGCCCAUGUGACAUGGACUGUGGCAUUAUGGAUGCCUGUUGUGAAUCAGCAGACUGUUUAGAAAUCUGUAUGGAAUGUUGUGGGAUUUGUUUCCCAUCAUAACUUUCUAUGUGUUCUGUUUCAGGAAAAGAGGCAUUGACCUUUCUUGUCCCAGGCAGCACAAUACCUUGCUGGCCAAUCAUUGCAAAGGCUGGAAGCAGCCUUUCUUGCCCCGGGCAUCCACAUGGUCUGCCCGGGCCAGUCGCUGCAGCCUGUGCCUGCCGGCCCAGGACAUAACACUAUGUAUUCUUGUUUGUUGAGUUUUGAAAAAGUAAAGAGGGCUGUUAUCUACAUCUCUCAAUUUCUUAAGAAAUUAUUUCAAAAGAUACUAUUAAAUGUUCUCACAGCAACCUGAAACACAUUGUUAAUCUCAGUGAAACUUCUGCCCAACCUUUUAUAUGCUCUAUGUGCUCUUAAUUAUAAAUUUUGAAAGGUUGAAGCACAUUUAUAAAUAAGAGAGGCAUUCUUUUCCAUUGGUUAUUGGUUUCUUAAGCAUAUCUCUCUAUUAUUAUGGUAAGCAAGAGAGACCUGUUACAUACUGGAAGAUCUUUCCUAUUACAGAGCAAACAGCUGGGCAUGAUCUUUGAAUAAAGAGGAAUAUACUGUACCCUGAGCAGUCAUGCUUUCAGUUAUCUAUUUAAUAUCACACAAUUAUGUUUACUUCAUUAUUUAAAAUGGAUUAGCAUUGCCAAACAAACAUUACAGAUCAUUAGAUGAAAGGAAGAACAAAUGUACUGAUCUUGUAUUUAAGGUAUGCUACCUUAAGUAUUGCUUAGCUUUGCCUUUUUAGAAUGAGAUUGUAUAUCAAGCAUCUGUUAAUUCAGACAUAUAAAUAACUUCUGUGACUAGUCUAGUACUAUGUUUAUCUGCUAAGACUACAUUUUUAUCUUCUUGUUGCUGGGGCAUUUGCCAUUUCUUGCUGAGUUGAGUACUUUGAAAUUGCAUCAUACUAUAGAAUAUUAUGUUAUUUUGAAAUUAAAAAUAUACUACCAUCCCAUCACAGAAAGUGAAUUUGAUUUUUAAAGCAAAUGCAAGGAAAGUGUAUAUACUUUUCUAAAAUGUCAAAGUACUUAAAUAUAACAAUUCAUAUGUAUUCUUCAAAUGGGUAUAAUUUUAUUAGUACCUAUUUCAUCUGUAAAAGUCUUCAGCUGAAACAGGAAUACAAAAUGUUUCCAUUAGAUUUAAUUCUCUAUGGACUUUCUAGUCAUGUGUGUAUAUUUUUGUAUUUACUGUAUAUUUGUGAUGGUGGAAGGAAGGAAUCUUUAUUUAAUUUUUUAAUAACUUUUAUCAAGUAUUAUAUUUAUGCAUAUAAAAAUUAAUACAAACUACUAAAAGAAGAAAAAAGUAAAGAAAAUUAUGUAAUAUAAUUUCCAUUUUUCUGUUGGAAUAAUCUUGAAACAAAACUAUUUUGCUUGUUUUACUUCAUUUCUCCAAUUCUUCUACAGUAUAUUUGUAUAUUAGAUUGUAAAAACCUGAGACAAAUAUCUUCAAUAAUAUUUCAGAAAAAAUAGUUACUUUACUCCUGGAAUUGAUAUGUCUCACAUAUGUGUUCCUUCUACUCCUUUCAAUUUGGUUUAGAAAAUUGUGUCAGAAUGAUAGACUAUAUAUUACCCUUGAUUUAUUAACCAUAGUUAUCUGCCAAUUUGUAAUUGGUUGACUCAUGCACAUUGAAUUGAUUAAGUGGACUCCAUUAUAAUUGAGUAAGUUAAGUUUCCUGCUUUUCUAGGGAAAAGUGUGUGUUAGUCUUAAAGAUGGUGUAUGAGUCUUUGGUGAGAGCUCGUCUGGUGUAGUGAUUAAAGCACCAAGCUAUAAACCAGGAGACUGAGUUCUAGUUCUGCCUUAGGCUCAAAGGAAGUUGUGGACUUCGGGGCAGUCAUUCACUCUCAGCCUUGGAAAGAAGGCAAUGGUAAACCAUUUCUGGGGGGGGGGGGGAUAACCUUGCCAAAAAUACUGCAGAGACUAGUGCUGGCAGUUGCCAGAAGUCAACACUAACUCAAAGGCAUCAAAACAAACAAAUAAACAAAAAUGAAAAACUCUGGUCUACUUAUCAGAAUGCUUGAGAAAAGAUUUAGUUAAAUACCAUACACCAUUGUUUACAAAUGAAGUAAUUUGGAUCACUAAACAUAUUAUACCAAGUUGAAAGAAACCAAAUUAUUAGAGCAGUAUUUAUCAAUCUUUGAGACUUCAACUCACAGAACUGAAGUCUGCAUAGCUUAAAUUAGCAAGAUUAAGAAACACUGGGUUAGAAUGAUGUGUGAACUGGAUUUUUGUCUGUAAUGUCACUCUCAGUUCCUGGCAAUCUCCCUCAGCAAACUGCGGUAUGUUUUUGAAAUUUACAUGCUUGUCUACCAUGCUGUGGUCUACCAACACUCUUACACUCCUAAAUUUUGGUAUAGUUCCGAAAUAUUAAGAAUUGUUAUAGUUGGACUUCCGGUGCAUUUGCGCUGGCGGAUACUUUGUAUCGUCCUCCUGAGAAAGUGUUAGAACCGCUGAGAACAGGAGGCAUCAGCUGUU